AUGGAGAAGCACAUCGAACAGGCAUGGGUUUCAGGAAAGGAAAUGGAGAGGUUGAAAUCGGAACUCUUCACAUUUCAUACUAUCACGGUACCAUACAGCUUUCUCAAGUGCCACGCAGGAAACAAUACGCCUCAAAAUGCUAAUGCCCAUAUUCUCGCCCUCUCCUAUGCAUUUGCAUGUUCCUCCUCUCCUAGAGACCUAAUUGCACUGUUGAACGCCUUGAUCAUCCCGUCGUACAUUAUAUCGUUGUCGCGGAAUGUUCCUGUAAAGAUUGCCCCGUCCCUGAUUGGAAAGAGGGCAUUUCGGAGCUCGCGAGAAAGCAAGGAGGGUUUGCCGUGGAAAGGGAUACAUCGCGCUUUCGGCCUUACUUUCCCGAGGGGGGAGAGGAGCAUUGAAGCGCUGCAAGUGCGCUACUGCACGAAGUUAAAGAACAGAGACUCCAAAUCUGAUAACAAGUAG